AGGAGAGUUAGAGCCACUAAAGAGGGAGAGAGAGAGGAAUAAAGGAGUGGUUAAAAAAACAAUGUUGUUGCUCCCAUCAAGGAGCUGACCAUCUUUUUUUAUAACAGCAGUCGGACCUUUUGGAUCCAUAGCUUCUUCUGACCUUCAGUGACCUAUGGUGAUUUAGCCGUAUGUGUGUGGAUCAGGAUACACACAUGAGGACAGGCUGACAUUGACAGCUCUCACUCCUCUGAGAACCAACAGUAACUAGUUUCUAGGCUCUAAGGGUCUGAGCGAGAUGGCUGAAGGCUCCAAGAUUGAACUCUUCAUCAAGGCCAGUGAUGAUGGGGAGAGUGUGGGGAACUGUCCCUUCUGUCAGCGACUCUUUAUGAUCCUCUGGCUGAAGGGGGCCAACUUCACCCUCACCACAGUAGACAUGAAAAGGGCUCCAGAAGUGCUGAAGGACCUUGCCCCAGGCUCUCAGCCCCCGUUCCUCAUCUUCGGCGGAGAGGUGCGCACCGACACCAACAAGAUCGAGGAGUUCCUAGAGGAGGCACUGGCUCCGCCACAGUACCCCAAGCUCUGCUGUCGCUACAAGGAGUCCAACGGUGCUGGAGAUGACAUCUUCCACAAGUUCUCUGCAUACAUCAAGAACCCUAACCCUGGACUCAACGAUAUGCUUGAGAAGAAGUUUCUGAAGAGCCUGAUGAAGUUGGAUCAGUACCUGCUGACGCCACUCCUACACGAGCUGGACCAAAACCCAGACGUCCCCAAGUCAUCACGGCACUAUCUGGAUGGGAACUCCCUCAGUCUGGCUGACUGCAACCUGCUGCCCAAGCUCAACAUAGUCAAGGUGGUGUGUAGGAAGUACCGUGACUUUGAGAUCCCUGUGGCUCUGCCCGGUCUGACCCGCUACCUGACCAAGGCCUACCAGCAGGACGAGUUCCGCUAUACCUGCCCCAAGGAUUCUGAGAUCCUACUGGCCUACCACUCGGUGGCCAAAUACCUCAACAAGUAGAUCAGGAGAGAAGGAGGGGGAGAGAGGAGGGCAAUGAGAGAUAGAGAGGGAGGGGGCAGACAGAGUAAAAGGAGUUGAAGAAGGUAUGUUUAGACAAGAGAAGAAAUAUAAAAGGGGAAAGAGGGCUAUGAAGCCAUGAUUUAUGAUUUAUGUGUAGAGGAGCAGAAAAAUAAGCCUGCUGCCUGUGCCUCAGAAUGAGGCAUGUCUGUCUUCUGUCAGUAACACAUUUGUGUAUAACGCUGUGUGUACAGGGUGAAGGUCUGCUCAUAUAUGUACUAUUACAAUGUGUGUGCAAUACAAUUAUGUGCUGCCUGUUUAGUUUCUGUAGAUAUUUGCGUUCCUUGAAUUAUACUCAACUGUUAAAACAUACAUUUUAAUAAUCUUUCAAUGUAAUUUAUGCUCACUUUAAAAAUCUAGCAAUGUGCACACUUUGUAUGGCAAUUGUAAGGAUCUGGAUGUUCUAUCCCUGAGAGACAAAGAGAAAGCAUUAUGUCAAAUGCCAAGUAAACAAAAGAUAAUUGUGGUACUAUUGUA